GCAGAUGAUUGUGUUUGCCAUGAGAGUGAUACAUUUUCCCUGGAUUUGUCUUCAAGAGAUUUUCCUUGCAGAUCUAUCAGGAUGAGCAUCCAGGCCCCACCCAGACUCCUGGAGCUGGCAGGGCAGAGCCUGCUGAGAGACCAGGCCUUGUCCAUCUCUGCCAUGGAGGAGCUGCCCAGGGUGCUCUAUCUCCCACUCUUCAUGGAGGCCUUCAGCAGGAGACACUUCCAGACUCUGACGGUGAUGGUGCAGGCCUGGCCCUUCACCUGCCUCCCUCUGGGAUCACUGAUGAAGACGCUUCAUUUGGAGACCUUAAAAGCAUUGCUGGAAGGUCUUCAUAUGCUGCUUACACAGAAGGAUCGCCCCAGGAGGUGGAAACUUCAAGUUCUGGAUUUGCGGGAUGUUGACGAGAAUUUCUGGGCCAUAUGGCCUGGAGCCUGGGCCCUGUCCUGCUUCCCAGAGACCAUGAGUAAGAGGCAGACAGCAGAGGACUGUCCAAGGACGGGAGAGCACCAGCCCUUAAAGGUGUUCAUAGACAUCUGCCUCAAGGAAAUACCCCAGGAUGAAUGCCUGAGAUACCUCUUUCAGUGGGUUUACCAAAGGAGAGGUUUAGUACACCUGUGCUGUAGUAAGCUGGUCAAUUAUCUAACGCCGAUUAAAUAUCUCAGAAAGUCAUUGAAAAUAAUAUACCUAAAUAGUAUUCAAGAGCUGGAAAUUCGCAACAUGUCCUGGCCACGUCUGAUAAGAAAGCUUCGUUGUUACCUGAAGGAGAUGAAGAAUCUUCGCAAACUCGUUUUCUCCAGGUGCCAUCAUUACACGUCAGAUAAUGAACUCGAAGGACGGUUAGUCGCCAAAUUCAGCUCUGUGUUCCUCAGGCUGGAACACCUCCAGUUGCUUAAAAUAAAAUUGAUCACCUUCUUCAGUGGGCACCUGGAACAACUGAUCAGGUGCCUGCAGAACCCCCUGGAGAACUUGGAAUUAACUUAUGGCUACCUAUUGGAAGAAGACAUGAAGUGUCUCUCCCAGUACGCAAGCCUCGGUUACCUAAAGCAUCUGAAUCUCAGCUAUGUGCUGCUGUUCCGCAUCAGUCUUGAACCCCUCGGAGCUCUGCUAGAGAAAAUUGCUGCCUCUCUCGAAACCCUCAUCUUGGAGGGCUGUCAGAUCCACUACUCCCAACUCAGUGCCAUCCUGCCUGGCCUGAGCCGCUGCUCCCAGCUCACCACCUUCUACUUUGGCAGAAAUUGUAUGUCUAUGGGCGCCCUGAAGGACCUGCUGCGCCACACCAGUGGGCUGAGCAAGUUAAGCCUGGAGACGUAUCCUGCCCCUGAGGAGAGUUUGAAUUCCUUGGUUUGUGUCAAUUGGGAGAUCUUCACCCCACUUCGGGCUGAGCUGAUGUGUACACUGAGGGAAGUCAGGCAGCCCAAGAGGAUCUUCAUUGGCCCCACCCCCUGCCCUUCCUGUGGCUCAUCACCGUCUGAGGAACUGGAGCUCCAUCUUUGCUGCUAGGGAAGGCGUGCCUAGCGGGGUAGAUAAAUCUAAAGUUCUCUUCCAGGCACUUGGACACUAAAAUCUACUAUGUAGGUGCAAGUUAUUUUUCUCUUUUCUUAUUUCCUUUUUUAAUAGUUCCAAAAUUUUUAUUAAAGACAAUUUGAGACAGGGUUUCGCUGUGUUGCUCCAGCUGGUCUCAAACUGCUGGGCUUAUGGGAUCCUCCUGCCUCAGCUUCCUAAAGUGCUGGGAUUACUGGCAUGAGUGGCUGUGUCCAGGCCACAUGCAACUUAAAGGAAGCACAGGCAAGUGCUCAGUGUGAGGGAAAAAACAUAACAGCAGGGGGCAAGGCUGGAGGAAAAUGUUGAGGUGACAUCAAUGAGAACUUCAGGGACCCGUGUCCUAGAGUCGGAAAGAGAAGCUAAAAUUCUACAGUGAUGAGAAUGUUAUCCCUGCAAGGAUGGUUACCAAGGAAUAUCAGAAGUAAAGAGCACCUGAAUGAAAACUUUUAACCUGUUGUGCAAUUUAUCCAUCAGAAAUCUCUAGUUAUUGAGUUACUGAUGGAAAAAUAACGAAAUACUAAUUUGUCUGUGAUUGAGUUUCAGUUGUAGAACAUCAAAGCAACCAAAUAAAAUUAGAUCAUUUUG